ACAGAGAGAGAGAGACAUUUUAAUGAAUACACACGCUCUCUCAUGGAUGCUACAGGAUGAAUACGAACUGAAACACUGCUGUGGACACAUAUCUGAACCAGAAUGUCGACAUUUUCGUCUGUUUUUUGGUUUAAAUCUGUUUGAUCUUCUCACACAGAGGAAGUUUCAUUCCUCACAGGAAUAUUUGUUUGAGAAGAAGCGGCGCGCGCAUCGCUCGAACGUUUUAAUCUUUAAUCUUCAAUCAUUUUUCAAACAAUGUAUAUAGUGUUCAUCUUUUGAAGUCCGCUUUCCCCCCUUCUUUUAAACGAGUGUGCCAGAUCUUCAGCAGGUGCAGGAGAUUCUCUCUGGUGGACCUGUGUGUGUGUGUCUGUGUGUGUGAGAGAGAGAGAGAGAGAUAGCUGCUGAAGUGGAAAGAAAUUUAAAUAAAAGUUGGGAAUAAAGAAUAUUUUUGACAGUCCGUGAGGAUUUAUUUUUUCUUUAGGUUUGUUUGUUUUUUAUUUGUUCCGUUAUCUCGGAGAAUUUUGCUGAAGGAGCUUUGAAGGGAAUCAUGAACAGCGUCACGGAGCUUGAGGACGGACCGCAGCACAAGGCUCAGAGGAGGAGUUGUAGUUACCUCCUGUGCACCAUCCUGCUCUUUAUUGCCGUGCUCCUGGCUCUUACUGUAACAGGCACCAUCCUCCUAAUGAACCACUCCCAGGCAUCUCCAGGUCCCGAUGCUCCACCCCUCAUCACUACUAAUCAAGACGAAGGCAACGCCCUGGUGACUGUAGAAAGAGGCGAUGGCUCCCGCAUUAAUAUAUUCAUUGAACCCAACUGCCCCGACUACAACAGCAACUUCCUUCGACUGGAGGGGGUCCAGACAUCCCUGCUGCACUCGCUCACCCACCACGAUACUGACCUGAAGUCCGUGAAGGGACAGGAGCGUGGGCUUCUCGUCCAACUGGCAGAGGAGAUCUCCAAGCUGUCGGCCCACAUUAACCAGCUGAAGGCGGAGUACAGCGCUCUGAGGCAGGGCCAGAGCAGCAUCAGUCAGGAGAUCAGCAUGCUGCAGUCUGAGCAGGCCAGACUCCUCCAGCUGUUGUCGGAGACUCAGAUCAACAUGAUGAAGGUUGUGAACUCUCUGCGAGAUGUGCUUGACUCCGUGCAUAAGGACGGCGGCAGCGAGAGGGGGCUGCUGAAAGCGGAUCUGCUUCAGAGGGCUCCGGUGCGCAGCAGUAUCCGGCCCAAAGGCUGCUCCAGAGGAGACGGCUCCCAACCGAGAGACUGCAGUGAUAUCUAUGCCAGUGGACAGCGCGAAGAUGGGAUCUAUUCUGUGUUUCCUAUUCACUUCCCCUCAGGCUUUCAGGUUUACUGUGACAUGAGCACUGACGGAGGUGGCUGGACGGUGUUUCAGCGCAGAGAGGACGGUUCUGUAAACUUCUUCAGGGAAUGGGCCGCGUAUCGCGAGGGCUUCGGGAAGAUCACGGGGGAACACUGGCUUGGCCUGACCCGGAUUCAUGCUCUGACCAUUCAGGCUAAUUAUGAGUUAAGGAUCGACAUGGAGGACUUUGAGAACAGCACUUCCUUCGCGCAGUAUGGAUCCUUUGGCGUGGGAUUGUUCUCAGUCGACCCGGAUGAGGACGGCUACCCGUUGAGCGUUGCAGACUACUCGGGAACCGCCGGUGACUCAUUGCUCAAACACAAUGGCAUGAAGUUCACCACAAAGGAUAAAGACAACGAUCACUCGGAAAACAACUGUGCCUCCUUCUACCACGGAGCCUGGUGGUACCGUAACUGCCACAUGUCCAACCUGAACGGGCAGUACCUCCGCGGCCAGCACUCGUCCUACGCCGACGGCAUCGAGUGGUCCUCCUGGACGGGAUGGCAGUACUCGCUGAAAUUCACGGAGAUGAAAAUCAGGCCGACAUGUGACGAGAAUUAGUGAGCACAAAGACAUGGAAUGAAUGCUUAUAAUUGGGGAAAAAAAUUUAGUGGGCUCUAAAUGUUACAACCACUGACUAUGGAAGAGAAGCGUACAAUGACAUUGUGAUCUCAUUGAAAACUGUCUGGACAAUGAUUCUCAGAGCGAUUAACUCCGUCUGAAAUAUUCCUCACAUUGACACCUCAAUGGAAAGAGCACAAUUACUGAGACUUCGACCAGCGAGCGGUGAUCCUGCGCCCUCGUUCUUUAAAAGGAAUUACUCACACUGAACCUAAACAAGAACAACAUGCUGAAGGAAUCGCCAUAUCAAUGGAAAUGGUUCUGAUAUGAAAAACAAAAGUCCAUUUUGAUUGGAGGUGUGUUUAACUGCUCUCUAUGAAUGACCUUAUUAUUUGUUAAUGGAGCACAGUGGACUUUUCACAGUAUGUGCUGCUAAGUCUUUCAGCAAAAUCAUUGGCCUCUAAAUAGUUUAGCAAUCCCCAGAGCUUGGCUUUGUUCAUUUUGUAAAUGAAUAUCUCCAUAUUCACUUCUGCAUUCAUCGGGGCAAUGAUAGCCUUUUUCUAUCAACAGUGUGUUGGUGCUGGUUCAGAAGCUGUUAUUUUUUUUUUACAGAAUCACUUACAGGAUCAAUAGCUAAAUAAAAAAAACAUUAUCAUCAUCAUCAUCAUCUAACUUAUCUUGAACAUAGUUGCUGUUGUGUACUCAGUAUAGCGAUUGAAAGAUGUGUCUAUAGAGGGUGAUGCAUUGGUACUUAGACGGUAAGCAAUUAAAAUUUUUGAAAAUUGAUCAAAUUGGGAGUAAAGUACCAGUAACUAUAAAACAAAUUCAUUUUCAAUACCUGGGAUAGGACAGUUUCUAUUUGGGACAAUGUUAGUUAGCUGUGAAGCUUCAGUUAUGAUUGUGUUAGUGGGGAAUGCAAAGAAACCCACAAGAAACAUGUAAACUCACUUUGCUUGCCUUUUCCCUGCCUCAAACAAGGCUUCUGGACAUACGCUCAUACACUGGACAUAAAUUCUUAUAGCAAGGUGCCACUGGAUUCAGAUUGAAUUACAAAUUACUGUACAAUAUAAACAGGUUCACACCGUUUGUUUUAUUUCCUUUUUUAUCUUGCCUGAAAUCACCUUCAACUAAAUAGGAUUUGCGAAAGUGCUCCAAUUAGUGUUGGGAGUCGAUAGCCGUUCCAAAAUUGAUUGUCAGUUUGAGUAAACCAAUGCUUCAUUAAACAAUGCUUUUUUUAAAGCAUGCCAAUCAAAAACGAAUCAAAAUUGAGGUGCAUAUAAGUACAUUACAAUAGGUCUUUGUCAUCCUAAGUGUUCCUGUUCUGCACACCGACCAUCAAGUUUGUCAGCCACAACCCUUGUUCCAUGCAAAAAUGCAUUCCAAAGUUUAGACUCAUAUGAAGCUUGAGCUAAAACCGGGUGGUGGUUACUGUGUACUUAGUACAAAUUUAACUCUAUCCUUUCCUGGUUAGCCAUACGUCUAAAUGGCUGGUUCCCAGUUAGCCGUACGGCUAGUUCUGUUUCACGUCCGUAGCUGUGUUGUGAGCAUGCGCAGUUAUCGACUAUACGCAUGCGUGUUUCCGCUACCCAGCAGUCGCAAAUGCAACAUGGCAUAUUUUAGGAAUUUUUAACGAUUAGAACUGAUUGAUAUCUUUCAUAUUCAUUCUGUUGAAAUGCACAGGAAAUCAACAUGAUAUAAUAUAAUACCUACAGUACUGUAUGCGGGUGCCUCAUUUAUAACACGAGGCAACUGUGGAGAAACCAACAGUCCUAUAUAGACACCUGCAAGUGCUUGGAAAGAAGCAGAAACAGAGAUUAUAUAUGGCUAGAACCCUGGACACUCCACACAGACAGCCUCAGGGUCAGUAAAGUAUUAAUUCAUGGACCCUGGAUAUGUGAGGUGGAAUACUACCUCUUGUACCACUGUGCUGUCCACUUCAUGUUAUGUAAACUUCUGUAAA